ACUAAGAAAAAGAUUGAAUGUCUGCCUCGGAGUGAUUACAAUAUCGAAACGGGAGCUGAAACUGAUCUCCUCUACACCGACUUACAAAGCGACAAAAUCUUUGAACAAAAAAAAACAUGUCCGAAACAAACCCAGAAGAAGGUGACCCGUCGGCGGUAAGUAGCAAAGUCGAACCCACUCAAGCCGGAGAUGAACAAAAGGUGAAAAAGGAUGACGGCACUAACAAGGACAAGGGAAAGAAAAAGAAUCCAGUUCAAAUGACAUAUGUGUCGGCCACUCAGAUUGAACGAAUGGUUACAGUCAGCUUAUAUAUGCACAACCUCUCCUGGAAGCACCUUUCGUGUCGGCAGUUCUAUUGGUUCACCAUGCCACAAGCUGUUCUAACGGCGGUGGCGAGUGUGCUGGCGUUUGUGGCAACAUCGGACGCUUUGAGCGACGACGAAGCGUCAAAAGUUAUACUUAACUUAAUUGUCGGUUCAACGGCGAGCUUAGUUGUAUUUCUACAAACCAUGAGUGGGCUUAAGAAUUAUGGCACAAGAGCAGCGAUGCACCAAGGAGCUGCGGUUGAUUUGAAAGAUCUACUAUGUGAUCUACAUAUCUUGAAAAUGAAAAUGAGUCAAGUUGAGAAUAUAGACCAGGAAUAUCUCGACAUGAUGCGAGGCAUUCAACCUAAGGAUCCCGAGGCAGACGCAGAAGCAGACAAAGAGGCACUAAAGUAUAGUGAAACCUUUGGGACCAUUCAAAGUCGUUUGACUCAGACACUCAAUGCAUGCAAAUCGAACAUCCCUAUGGAGAUAAGCGCAGCAUUCAAUGGACUUCGAACCACGGCACAUCUUGCAAUGACAAAAGCAAAUUUUGAAUCCUUCGAAAAAAUCUACGGACACGAAAACUUUCUGAAUACCUACUAUUCCAAGGCUGAUGACAUCCUACAAGGAGAAAUCCUUGGCUCCAGAUUCUUUCCGAUGAAACUUCCUUACUCCAAGGUAAUGGUGAAGAAAACUAUGGAAAUUCUUUACACGCAAUUCAAGGAUUACGACCGUCAUGAUUUCGGCUUCGACUCGUCUACCGACGACGCGACAAACGAUGUUGAAAAACAGGGUGAAUCAAAAUAAUUGUCGGCUCAUCAUGUUUGAUGUUUUUUUACCGAUCCACCACCGGGUGGUCUUACAUAUUCUUUCUGUGCUUUGUCCUCACUCAGCAAGCUCGGAGUCAAUCUUUCAACCCUCUUAAGCUGCUGUAUUAUAAAAUUGAAUUCUUGAU